AUGGCAGUGGUUCUCGAAGCUUUGGCAUCCUACGUGACCAACAUGCUCACCGAGAUGGCCAAAGAAGAGGUGGGCAUGCUCAUCGGGGUUUCAGGCGAGAUCGACAAACUAGGCGUCAAGCUGAGGGACCUCAAGCACUUCCUUGCAGAUGCUGAUAGGAAGAACAUUACCGAUGAAAGCGUGCGGGGAUGGGUGGACGAGCUGAAGCGUGCCAUGUACCUCGCCACAGACAUCCUCGACCUGUGCCAGCUCAAGGCCAUGGAGAAAACUCCAUCCAAAGGCAUGGGGUGCUUUAACCCCUUAUUAUUCUGCAUGCGAAACCCCUUACAUGCCCAUGACAUCGGCACCCGCAUCAAAGUGCUCAACCAGACGCUGGAUGACAUCUGUAAGAGGGGUGGUAGUUUCAAUUUCAUCAAGCUGGAAACCUACCAAGACCGGAAGAUGAAUCGAUCCUUCGCCACUGACCGAAAAACUGAUUCAUUAAUAGAGAGGUCAGGUGCGGUUGGGGAAAAGAUUGAGGAUGACACACGAGCACUUGUGGAGGUGCUUACAAAAGAGGUUCCUAGUGACAAGAGUGAUCACCUGAUGGUGGUUGCCAUUGUUGGUGUCGGCGGGAUUGGCAAGACCAUGCUCGCAAAGAAGGUUUUCAAUGACGAGGCAAUGGAAGGAAAGUUCGCUAAGAAGAUAUGGCUUAGCAUCACACGUGAUUUCAACGAUGUUGAUCUAUUGAGCGCAGCCAUCGCUGCCGCUGGAGGAGACAUGCCUGCAGGGGGUCUGGCUCGAGACAAGUCCCUACUUAUUGUUGUUCUCAGGAAUGCCAUUAGGGACAAGAAAUUAUUUCUUGUCCUCGAUGAUAUGUGGGGUGUCGAUGCAUGGGAAAAACUGUUGAUGGUUCCCUUUAGCUACGGCGGUCCUGGUAGCAGAGUCCUCAUCACCACGAGACAGGAGACUGUAUGCCGAAGCAUGAAAGCUGUGCACCACCACCAUGUUGACAAAUUAGGUCCUGAUGAUGCAUGGUCAUUGCUCAAGAAGCAGGUGCUCACAUCAGAGGGAGAUGAGCCCCAGGUUUGCACCCUAAAAGAUAUCGGGUUGCAAAUUAUAGAAAAAUGUGAUGGUUUACCACUUGCUAUUAAAGUGAUGGGAGGACUCCUAUGCCAGAAAGAAAAAACACGACGUGAUUGGGAAGAUGUCCUGAAUGAUGAUAUAUGGUCAGUAUCUCGAAUACCAGAUGAGCUGAACUAUGCAAUAUAUCUUAGCUACGAAGACUUGCCCCCUUCCAUAAAGCAAUGCUUUCUUCACUUCUCCCUUAUACCUAAAAAGGCAGAACUAAUUGUCAAUGAAGUUGUGUCCAUGUGGAUUGGUGAAGGAUUGGUUCACGGAGACUCGUAUAGUCUAGAAGAAGAAGGAAUACGGUACUACAAGGAACUAAUAUUAAGGAACCUUAUUGAUCCAAAUAUAGAGUACCCUGGACAAUUUAUUUGCAGCAUGCAUGAUGUCAUUUGCUCAUUUGCUCAAUUUGUUGCUAGGGAUGAAGCACUAGUAGCUCGCAGGGGAGAUAUUGUUAAAAACAAACUUAGAUCACACAGUUAUGUUAGAUUGUCCAUAGAAACAGGAGGAGUGCAAUCAGAUACGUUUGAGUGGAGGUAUUUAAGUGAGCAGAAAUCGCUUAGAACACUAAUUUUGACUGGAAGCUUCAAAGUUCAGACCAGCGACUCCUUGCUCACCUUCUCAAGUCUACGGACCCUUCAUAUUGAGUCGGCAGAGUUGGGUGGAUUAGUUGACUCUGUGCAUCAACUCAAGCACUUGAGGUAUUUGGUGUUAAAAGGUUGCAUCGGUAUAUAUAGGCUGCCGGAGAGCAUCUACGAGAUGAAAUUCUUGCAACACAUUAGUGUUGAAGAUUGUGAAGGCUUUGUGAAACUUCCUGGUAGCAUUGUUAAGAUACAAGAACUGAGACAUCUAAACAUUGAUGGCACACAUGUAAAUAGGAUUCCAAGUGGUUUUCGUGCUCUAACAAAUUUGGUGGCAAUAUAUGGGUUUCCUUCUUAUACUGAUGGUGAUUGGUGUAGUUUGGAAGAGUUGGGGCCUCUUUUCCAGCUCAGAGAACUUGGAUUAAAGGGUCUAGAGAAUGUAUCUGCUACUUCGUCCGUUGCAAAGGCUAGACUAGGUGCAAAGGCACAACUCACCAGACUUGUCUUAGAAUGCAACAACAUGGUGGUCAAAGAAGUGUCCGAGGAGGAAGGGAGGACAAUUGAGGUUGUGUUUGAUGAGCUUUGUCCCCUUCCUUGCUUAGAAUAUCUUAGUAUAAAUGGAUAUUUUGGGCGUCACCUCCCAAGAUGGAUGAUGUCGACAACAACGACGCCUCUCAGUGGCUUGAGGAUUGUACAUUUAAAUGACCUGACUUGGUGCAGUCAACUUCCUGAUGGCUUGUGUCAGCUCCCGUGCUUGGAGUUCCUUAAAAUUGAAAGUGCUAGAGCAAUCAAGCAUAUUGGGCAAGAAUUUGUGCAUCCCUACAACCAUCAUGACCAUGCUUCAUCCCAGGCGGCGGCUGCUUUUCCGAGAUUAAAAAAGUUGUACUUGGAGGGAAUGGUGCAAUGGGAGGAGUGGGAGUGGGAGAAGGAAGUACAUGCUAUGCCGGCCUUGGAUAACCUUCUUAUCCUAGGUGGCAAAUUGAGGUGUAUCCCUCCUGGUCUUGCCUUCCAUGCAAGGUCUUUGAAAACAAUUAUUAUAUGGAGUGUCAAAGGUCUACACUCUGUAGAAAACUUUGCUUCGGUGGUUGAGCUCGAGCUGUAUGACAUCCCCUACCUGACUAGGAUAUCGAAUUUCCCCAAAUUGCAAAAGCUUGCGAUCAGCUACUGCCCAAAGCUCGAGUUGCUACAGGAGAUGACUACACUUCGAAGACUUUCGGUGAGAAUUUUCAAGAGAGAGGAACAUCUUCCGUUGUACUUGCAGACUGUAGAUCCUAGUCAUUUGUUGCUGGAGCGCUGCAACCCCAAGUUACUUACUUCCAUGGCUGCCGGGAAGUCUGGCUCCGAGUGGGUCAAGUUCAACCAUAUCCAGCAUGUCGAGGCUUAUGCAGAUGACGGAGACAAUGAGAAGAAAUGGCACCUAAUUUACACAAGCAAACCCUACCACAUGGAGACUAACAUCAUUUUGGAGAGUCUGAAGAUGUCUUCACGGGAUGAAGUCGAGGAAGGUGUAGAACACAACCAAGACAAGAUGGCGCAUUGACCGUGUUGAAUUCUGUGCAUC